CUUUGAAAGGCCGACAUAAUUUUAUUAAAAAGUUGCUUACCUACCUAUAAACAUAGGUGCGCAACUGACAAUAAAGUACUGGCACAUCUCUGUCUGGCAUUGACAAAAAUAAGACAUUUUUAUUUCCAAAUAAGUACUUUUUGAAUUAUUUUAGGAUAAAUUGUUGCAAACCUGGUAUUUCUCUUUUACCUACAGUGUCAUGGCAUGCAAACUAAUAUGGACAAAUUGGAAAAUGUAUUGGAAAACAAUUUUCGUCAUAGUCUACCCGCUAGUUUUGUUACCAGUGUUUUUGCUGAGCAACACCAGCGCAUAUCGUUGCUUGUACAUUGUCCUUAUUAUGGCUGGAUACUGGGUAUGUGAAGCUUUACCUCUGGCCAUAACCGCUUUGAUACCCAUGGUAUUAUUCCCCCUGAUGGGUGUAUUGGAUUCGGACAAAACGUCGAUAUGUUAUUUCAAAGAAACGAAUAUGAUGUUUGUCGGUGGUUUGAUCAUAGCCGUUGCAGUGGAACAUUGUAAUUUGCACAGGAGAAUGGCGUUGCAUGUUAUUAAAAUAGUCGGUUGCAGUCCUAGAAAACUGAACAUAGGCCUAGCAACAGUGACAAUGAUGGUAUCCAUGUGGAUAUCGAAUACGGCGGCGACGGCAAUGAUGAUACCGAUUGUCGAAGCCACCUUGAUGGAACUGGAAGCUCAGGGCGUGGGGAAAAUGUGGGAACCUUUGCCAGAAGAGGACGCAGAAGCCGCUCCGAAAACCGCCGAAGCUAAAGAGGAGGAAUGGCAAAAACAGAGAAAACCUACCAACGCUACAAUGUGUUAUUUUAUGUCUACUGCUUAUGCGGCUUGCAUUGGUGGUAAUGGUUGCAUCAUUGGAAGUGGGACGAAUUUGACUCUCAAAGGUAUCUACGAAAGUAGGUUUCAAGAUAGUCCAGGGGUAGGAUUUGUAGAAUGGCUGUUUCUCAACGUACCCAUGAUGUUAAUCAUGUUGUAUCUUUCGAUACUGUGGCUGCAAGUUUGGUUUAUGGGACUUUUCAGGCCAAAGUCCGAAGACGCAAAGAGCAUCAACUUAGGUAGAGAAGGAGAACUUGCAGCCAAGCAAGUAAUCCAUAACAAGCUUGUAGAAAUGGGACCGAUGACAUUCCAUGAAAAAGCGGUGGGAUUUUGUUUCAUACUUGUAGUGCUCCUAUGGUUUUUUAGAAAACCGCAAUUGAUACCAGGAUGGGCGGAAAUGAUAACAGACCAUAAAGUGAAAGAUGCCACCGCUGCAAUGAUCGUUGUGUUCAUAUUGUUUAUUAUUCCUUCAAAGCCAGAAUUUAUUUAUAUGUUCAGUAAAAAUGAAGAGAAAAGACCAAAAAAAGCGUCUGAAGGACUUAUCACCUGGAAGAUAAUCCAACAAAGAAUCCCAUGGGGUCUCGUAUUCCUUCUUGGAGGAGGCUUUGCAGUAGCCGACGCUUCGAAAGCUAGUGGAAUGAGCAAACUUUUGGGAGAUACUUUGGUAAAAGUAACCGAAUUGCCUAAAAUUUACGUAAUGAUGGUGACUUGUACGUUCGCAGCUUUCAUAACACAAUUCACCGGCAGCAAUGUUGCGGUGGCUAAUGUCAUAUUGCCUGUGUUAUCCGAAAUGGCUGUGACAGCAAAAAUUCAUCCAAUGUUCCUUAUGAUGCCAGCUACCUUAAGCUGUUCCUUUUCCUAUUGUUUGCCAGUUUCGACACCACCGAUGGCCAUAACAGCCGAUGCCUGCAACAUGUCGUCUUCGAAGAUGUUCAAGUGUGGCACAGGUGUCGUUAUAAUAUCGUUAGCGACGUUAUUUGCCGUAUUUCCAUUUUUGGGGCCGCUCAUAUGGAAUCUGGAAGAGUUUCCAGAUUGGGCAGCUUAAAAUCGAUUUUGAUAAGUUUGAAUUAUCAAUACAAAUUUAUUUUUGCAAUAAUUGAAUAUUUAUUACAAAUAUAAAAUGCCUCCUUAUAAACUAAAGAAAAAUAAUUUACCUAAAAAAUAUAAAUAAAUCAUUGACUACAGUAUCUUUAUUGAGAUGGUGCGAGAGCAGUAUAAUAAAGGCAGGACAAAAAUACGAUGUUUUUUUUUCUUAAACAAACACCCUGUAUCUUGUUGUAAAUUCGGCUUUUCUAUGCCCUAUAAAUUAUGUAAACAAACUACCAGAAAAUUAAUGGUAAAAAUUUUAUAAUAAUUACAUAAAUAUAAAGUUUAGUCGCAAAAAGGAACUGAUUGAGAAAUGCACAGUAUAAUUUUCUAAAAUUCAAAUGCAUUGGAUUGAAAAUAAUCCAACAAUAAAUUAAAUCAUAUACAAUAUACAUUCACUCAAUUAAAAAAAAAAUCACAAUUCAAUAAUAAUUUCCUUAAAAUUAUAGUUCAGUGUGUUUUGGUUUAAGUUCUUCUAUCCUUUUCAAAUAUUCGCUCUUUUCGAUGCAGCCUUCGCACUCUUCGCCCCAAUCGUUGAGGAUCUUUUUCAAAUCCCUGACUUUGAGUUUUUUGAGGUCGACGGUGUUGAGGUCGAUUUGCACGUCGUAUCUGAGUUCGCAGAUUUGGGCGUCCUUUUUCUUCAAUUUUUCGCAGAUUUUAUCCGACGGGAGAGACCACGUUAUCGGUUUGGACAUUUCUCCUAGGAUGCCGGUAGCCGAUUCUGCCAAACCACCAAGAUAGUAACA